CGAAAUCCCGUUGCAACGAAAACUGUCAAAACUAAAAUAAGCUAAUUGUGCUGCCAUACUAGGCGUUCAAGGAUUUUUUAGAUAGAAAAUUUCAGAGGAAAAAGAACUCCGGCUUCCGCUUUGACAUUAAUUUCCGUUUCUUUUUUUUAAAUUAAAAUGUAUAACUGCGGAAGUGAAGCCUCAUUAAGGCGUUACGACUUCAAAUGUAGUUCAGAAGCGAAAACCACUUGGAACAAUUUUCUUAGGAAAAUUGCGAUGUUUAUAUAUUGGUAUGUAACCUUAAUAAUGCGCAUAUAGAAUGACGACAAAUUAAACAACUCGUAUUACAAAUUUUCUUAAUUAUUUUGUAUCACUUUACCAAAUACAAACAUUCCACAUUGUACUCAAGUUCACCCCUACCUACUGUUGCACCUCACACAACUAACCUCCUCAAUAGUCAAGGACCAUUCACAUUUCGAAUGCAUAUACAUUUCAUUAUUGAUUUUCCUUUCACUCAAUUCAUUAUAUCCUCACAAGUUCCACAGUGCAAACGUGCCAGAAAUUUCCUUCAUAUUUUUCAUGUACUCAUAUUUUUUGUAUUUAUUUAAAACCAACAGUUAUUAUAGAAUAAAUUAUAAUAAUCGACGUAAGAGAAAAAGUGAUAUUCAAAAUUGUUAAGUUAAAGUUGAAAAAACUAUUUCCUAAAAUCUUGGUGAAAAAGCGACAAGCAAACAAGAUUUCACACCUACUCGAGAAUCCGCUCCAUCAUCAAUCGCCUUCGGCUUCGGGCACAGUGAUUGUGGAGCGUACGGAUUUUUAUAACGUGGCCAGCGGCGGCGACAUCAUCAGAACGCAGCACAGUAAAGUGCAUCCCAGUCCGGGGGCCGCCCGCAGUGUGUGGGCGUUGCCCCUGACAUCAUGUAACAUGGUAGCCGAAGAGGAUAGCGCCGCCAAUACGGAGGAGCGUCCACACUCGCCGCCAUCAUUGCGACGCGGUGGACGUGUUGGUGUCGGCGUGAAUCAUGUUGGUGUUCGAGUUGGACACUCGGCUGACGGAGAUGGCGCUAUCGAUGAUCAUGAUGAUAGCAAUAUACUGUUAUUUGAAGGCAUCGACGGCGCUAUGGCACAUUUGGAUGACAUAUUCGACGUGAUAAAGAAUGGCGAAGUUUGUGAUGUGGAAAAUUUAGUAGAGAAAUUUGGUAUAGAAUGUUUGUCAGCACGUGAUAGACAUGGAUACACACCUGGACAUUGGAUAGCGUUGAAUGGUAAUGUGGAGAUGAUGCGAUAUUUAAUUGAACGUAAUGCACCGGUUGAUUUGCCCUGUCUGGGUACACAGGGUCCAAGGCCAAUACACUGGGCGUGCCGUAAAGGUCAUGCUGCUGUGGUGCAGGUAUUGUUGCAGGCUGGGGUGGCUGUGAAUGCAGCUGAUUUCAAAGGACUUACGCCACUAAUGAGCGCCUGUAUGUAUGGCAAAACAGCAACUGCUGCUUAUCUACUCGGUAUGGGCGCAUUAAAUCAUCUUACGGAUAUAAAUGGUGAUACUGCUUUGCAUUGGGCCGCCUAUAAAGGGCAUGCCGACCUUAUGCGUUUAUUAAUGUACUCUGGCGUUGAAUUGCAAAAAACGGAUAAUUUCGGUUCGACACCAUUACAUUUGGCCUGCCUCUCGGGCAAUAUGACCUGCGUACGAUUGUUGUGCGAGAAAUCAAAUAUGGAUUUGGAGCCACGCGAUAAGAAUGGUAAAACUCCGAUUAUGUUGGCACAGGCUCAUCAACACCAAGACAUUGUACGUUUGCUAUACAACGAAGUGAAGAAAAAAUCACGUUGGAUUCCGUCGAUUUCAGAAAUUUGGGGUUGGUUAUUUGGCGGUGCUGGCGAUUCGAAAGGACCAUUAUUACUUUUCCUAUUCUCGGUGCUAUUAUGGGGGUAUCCAAUGUAUAUGAUAAGGGCUAUACCAAUUACCUGGAAUAUCUUGCGGCGGUCCCAUUAUUGCUUCAUCUAUUGGAAUGCCGUUAUGUGGAUCAGUUGGGUUAUAGCAAAUCGUCGUGAUCCCGGCUACAUACCGCUUAGCUCGGACGCCUACUAUCGCGCCAUCAAGCAGAUACCAUAUUUCGACAAGCUGAAGAAACGGAAUGUGAUAUUGACGCGUUUGUGUCACAGUUGCCGCUGUUUGCGACCGUUGCGCGCCAAACAUUGUCGCGUUUGUAACCGUUGUGUGGCGUACUUUGAUCACCACUGUCCGUUCAUCUAUAAUUGUGUGGGCCUGCGUAAUCGCAUGUGGUUCUUCUUGUUCGUACUUUCGGUGGCGGUGAAUUGUUCAUUCACGAUUUACUUUGCAUGUUAUUGUGUGAUGAUUGAGGGUUUCACGCUACUCUAUGUAUUGGGCUUAUUAGAGGCGGUGGUAUUUUGUGGACUCGGUUGGAUAUUGACUUGUACAUCGAUAUUACACGCUUGCAUGAAUCUAACCACAAACGAAAUGUUCAACUACAAACGAUAUCCGUAUUUGCGUGACAAACGUGGACGCUAUCAAAAUCCAUUCUCCCGUGGACCCAUACUUAAUUUAUUGGAGUUCUUUGUUUGUCUACCUGAUCGUAUUGAUGAGAAUGACUUGCUUAUGGAGGAUAAUAUUUGAUUGAAAAGUUAGGUACGCGCUAAUGCGCGGCGCCGUAAAUUACCUGCACAUGGAUAAUAAAUAGCUUAAACAGAACGGGCGGGGGCAUUGCAGUCCCCAUGAGGCGGCAAAUGUGCAAAGCGAAUGGGGGAAAAUAAAGGGUUUUGGUAGCUAAAUCAGCUUAAACUAGCAUGCACUUUAUAGCUUUUGUCUACAAAGCACUUAUUAUGAAAUGAGAAAAGAGCUGUGCAAUCACCGAUGUGCUGCCAAACAUGCCACAACAUAAAUCACCGGUGGAGACUGGUAAUUGUCAAUGACAAAGAAUAUAUAUAUACAUAUACAUUAAAACUACAGUUGAAACACUCGUGUAUUCCUCAGAAAUGUGUCAAAGUCAAUCUGUCAAGCAACGCGGCGCAAAAGUUCUACUUGCCAUCGCUUAACUUUACGAGCAAAGCUAAACGCAAACACUAUGACACAAUGAACAAUAUACUUUUCUCUAGCAUUAUUUUUCGGCCAAAAAAUUAUAUGUAAAUUUGAUAUAUUACGAGAUAAUUUGAAUUGGCUUACUGGCAUACUUAAAUUGGUGCGUUCGGCGUAGCGUUUUCUAACGCCAAUGCUUAUUCCUUUUCGUCAGUUUAUCCUCCGUUCUAUCAAACUUGUAUCCUUCACAUCUAACUUCAUCAUAUAACGUACUGUCAAAAUUGAAAAUUCCAUUUGCUCAACGUUGACGCCGCGUUAUUGUGGCCGUGAAGAUUUUUUACAAUUUUUUAGCGCUCAACGCUCCAAUUUAGGGAUAUCAGUUAAAGUUGUUCAGUCCAACAUUAUGGAAUAUGCGGGGAAUUUAAAGAAAUUAAUAGAAAUUAAAAUCAGCUUUUGAUUAAAAUAAGACAAAUAAAAAAGGGAUUAUUACUCAACUUCUGACGAAGCAUUGACUCAAAAAAAAAAAAAAAAAUUUGUCAAGAAAUGUGGCGUAAAAGUAUUGUAUGCCAUCGUCUUUAGCGUUCUGUAAGCGACAGCGUCUAUUCCAAUUUAUGCUCAUUUUCAUAUAAUUUACUAUCUAUAACUGACUUAAGGAGUUACAUGGGUUUAUUCGAGGAAAAAGAGUUAAUUUUCAAAAAUUUUUCAUAUAAAAAGAAAACAAAUCUUUUAUUUAAACUAUUUAAAGAAAUUUUCAAAGGAAUAUAUUCAUCACUCCGCCUUUGUGACAUCACUUCCGGUGACGCCUCAAAAAAAAAAGGUGCGCCUCUGUUGACAAGAGAAUACAUGGCAGGAUCAUCAGAAAUGAAAAAAAAAAAAAAUAAUUAUAUUUUUCUAAACAAUUUUUUUUUUUGAUAAUUUUGAUUUCAAGACCGAUGGAGCAGUUUUUGAGAACUACUGACAACCGGCUUUUAAAAUACAGCAUCGAGAAAAUUGCGCUUAAAGCGCUGAGUGUUACUGCCUCUGAUGGCACACCUUCCCUAGGUUGUAUAUCCGAAACUUUUAUUCGAAUACACUUCAGAGUUUAGGCUAAUAUUCUGGAGAUCUUGUGGAAAUUAAUAAGAAAAUAAAAAAAAGCUAGAUGUCUGAAACUGUGAAACCCAUGUAGCCUCUUAAAAUUCUGUAUAUUCGACACCCUAUUCAUUGCUGACAUAUAAAUUUGAAGAUUAGAGCAGAUUGAAUACUAAAACUUUAUGGAAUAGGUGCGUCUGGUAAAGGAACAGAAAUAUGAUUUAAUAAAUUCGACCACUUCCCAUAUAAGAGGAAAAUUUUCAAAUAUUUUCAAAAAUUUCGAAAAUUCCGUAACCAGUAAUACAAUUGAUGUUAGAUUUUAUAACUAACACUAAAUGACCGAAAAAAAUAUAUAAAAAAGUGUAAUGGGUAAGGCACACUUUGUUGGUCUAAUUUAAUGUCUUAAAAAUCAUAGAAAUUUAAAACUUGGUAAACAAACAGAACACUAAAUAAAGCAUUAUAUUCAGUUCGCUAGGUUACUCGCUUAGACUUUUUAUUUACUAUACUACUAUGUAGCAAUAGAAACAAGUAAUAAAUGUGAGGUUAUGUCCAACGUGAUAAUAUGAAACUUAUUAAUUAUAAUAUAAUUGAGAGGUUUCUGAUUGCUUUUUUUAAUUUUUCGUCCUAAAUUAUUCGUGUUUUCGAUGUCCAAAGCUAAUUAAAAAAUUUAAAAUCAAACCGAGCGCACCAAAAUUAUCUUAGGAAAUUAAAACAAAUUUUAUAGGUAUUAUAGUUUCAUUAAAGUAGCAACUUUCUUAAGCAUUUCACCAGGAGCGUGGGUGUUUUCAUGUUUUUUUAUAAACUUUUUCUUUUUAAAAUUAAUAAAUUAUGAAAAAAAAAACAUAAGAUGUCGACUAUUUUUGCGCACAACUUGCAUGGGAUUGUACCAUUGUACGUCGUCUUGCUGAGCCGUGGCACUUUUAGUUGUUUUUAGGCUACCUACUAUUUCACAAUUUUUCAGAACUUCUUCUUUAUUUUUAACAAAUAGCUAAAUGAUUUUUAAUAUUUGAUUAUGCUCUAUUCGCAUGGUUUAAACUUGUCGUGGCUGAAAAUUUAAAAUUCAACUCAAAUUUCUUUUUAGCUCAGUAGACAUACAUUUACCUAAAAAAAUUCUAAUUAUAAAGGUAAAGCUAAAAUAAAAAAUUUAAACAAAUAUGCAGAGUACAAAUAAUGCUAAUUUAAAAAUAACGGUCAUUAAAAACCGAAAUAUGUAUUUGGUGUGACAAAUGAAUACAACUUCAUUUGGAUUUUCUGCACAACAAAAAAAAAAAAAUAAAAUAAACAAAAAAAUACUCGAUUAUGAAGAAAUAUUUAAAAUGCAACUAAAAACUUAAAAUGUAUUUUCAAAGCUACAAGAAUUAUCUACUAGUAUGGGUAUUGUGAGAGGCUUUCAAAUUGUAUGAAAACUAAAACUAGUAUUUUAAAUUGUGCGCUAAUUCACUGCUGGCAGUUGGUACAUACACCCAUAUCUACAUAUCUCCGUGUUUAUUAAAACAAAAAUGUAUAUACAAAUGUGUUUAUAUGUGUAUGUAAUUAAAAUAUCACUUCAAUUGGUUUUUUUAAAAUAUUGCAUUGCGGUGGUCUGGAGUGUAGUUAUUUUACUAAAUAUUAACAUUCAGAGAACUAUGGAUUUGUACACAUUAUAGAGGGGGAAAAAUUGCUUUAUAGAGAAUAGAUCUGAUGAGUUUGUAAUAAUAAGAGGACCAAUCAAUCCAGUCUAUCGCAAAUAUUAUUCGUAUUCUCGUUGGUGUAAAUAUAAAACUCUCAGUUAACCAUCAUUUCAGAGAACAUUUUUGAUGUAAUAAAGAAAAAAACUGUGUGAAACCCUGUAGUACCCAGGUUUGCUCCAAGCAAUCAAAACUGUUAAUGCACAACUACAUUUUUUAGCUAUGUUUUAAAUUCGUUACAUCUUGUAUUCAGAGAAAUGCAUAAUAUUUAAGCUAGCUUAUAAAGUUGUUUAAGAAUAAAAAAUAAAUAUAUGUAUCUAUGUGUAUGAAUAUGUAAUAUGAUUUAAACUAUUGCUGACACGCCACCAAUGAGCUUGUGGCAUAAUGAUCUUAAGUAAAAUAAAAAUAUUGCAUAUUUAGAGUUAAA